GCAACACCAGCUCAGUCGCAAGUCACAAAGCCAACAAGUCAACAAAUAAACUCAAUCGAAAUGACAUUCAAGUUCGUAGCUGCAUUUGCCCUUCUUGCCGUCGCCAGUGCUGGUUUACUUCCCGCCGCACAGGUGUAUCAUACAGCGCCCGCUGCUCACAUCGUCAAAGCCGCUCCAGUAGCCUAUGCAGCGCAGCCAGUGCUGACCAAGGCCGCUGAAGAAUACGACCCACAUCCUCAAUACAAAUACAGCUACGAUGUGCAGGAUGCUGUGUCCGGUGACUCAAAGAACCAAAUUGAGGAGCGCGAUGGCGAUGUCGUUCGUGGUGAAUAUUCCCUGAUUGAUGCUGAUGGUUUCAAGCGCACUGUGCAGUAUACCGCUGACCCUGUCAACGGUUUCAAUGCCGUUGUCAGUCGCGAACCGUUGGUGAAAUCCAUUGCCGUUGCUCCAGUUGUGAAAGCAGUUGCCCCUGUUGCGUAUGCUUCCCCAGCCUUCAUCAAACCUGUCGCACCAGUGGCUCACGCUUACGCGGCUCCCUCUUACACCACAUACACCACCGCACAGCACUAAAUGUCUCAUUUCAUAUUUGUAGAUUGACUGAUUGUAUGGUAUACAAAUUGUGAUUUUUUCGUUUAAUAAAUAUUGAGUAUUAAUUAAUCUUAGAGUUGCCAAAACAGUUAGCAGUUAGAAACUUCUCGAUUUCUUCUUGCAAGCUUAUUACGGUCAGCUUGAUUGUAAUUCGUUCCUCAGGCCGUUUGGUUGCCUUGAUAC